AUGGCCAGCAGUGAUUGGACAAUGGACAUGAUCUUCUUAACACAGACUGUGGUUGGAAUCCUGGGGAAUUUCUCACUUCUUUGCCAUCAUAUCAUCCUUCCCUUCACUGGCUACAGGUUAAGGUCCACAGAUUUGAUUCUUAAGCACCUGAUUGUAGCCAACUUCUUGACCCUCCUCGGUAAAGGGGUCCCCCAGACAAUGGCAGCAUUUGGGUUGAAACAUUUCCCCAGUGAUUCUGGAUGCAAACUUCUUUUCUUUCUUCACAGAGUGGGCAGGGGAGUGUCCAUUGGUAGCAUCUGCCUCUUGAGUGUCUUUCAGGUGAUGACGAUCAGUCCCAGGAACUCCAGGUGGACAGAGCUGAAAGUAAAAGCUCCCAAGUGCAUUGUUCCCUCUAUUUUUCUGUGUUGGAUGCUGCAUAUGAUGGUAAAUACCAUUUUUCCUAUGGAUAUUUCUGGCAAAUGGAGCAACAAAAACAUCACAAACAGAAAAGAUUUUGGAUACUGUUCUUCUGUUCGUCAUGACAAAACCAGAGAUGCAUUGUAUGCAGCACUGCUAUUGUUCCCUGAUGUUGUCUGUUUGGAGCUCAUGCUCUGGGCCAGUGGCUCCAUGGUUUCCAUCCUGUACAGGCAUAAGCAGUGGGUCCAACACAUUCGUAGGACCAGAGCCUCCUCCAGCAUCUCUCCUGAGUCCAGAGCUGCCAAAACCAUCCUUCUCCUGUCAGCUGGGGCUGCUGCACCAGGAAUACCACAGGGGACUGCUCCAAGAUGGAGGAGUAGGAAAACCGUGAGCUCUCCUCUUCUGGACACCCCAAAAUCACGACCAUACACAGAGCAGAUAUUAAUGAAGAAGACCGGAAGCUACCAGAAAAGAUCUUCUACAACUAAAGAAAUGCAGAAGCAUCCUCAGCGAGACAGCUGGCAGGUGUGGCUACUGGCACCACCUGCCUCUCAUGUGUCUCCAGCCAUCACGAUCAUCCCCAGGAACUAG